AAAAAAUGAUUCCCUUCUAUGCUGAAGAGCUUGGCAAUAUCAAUAUAGUACGCGCAACUAUAUUAGCUGAACCUGAAUAUGACGUAGCCAAGCAACUUCAAGUGGCCGAUAAUCAACUCAUACUGGAUUCAGAAACAAAAAUAGAUUUAUCAACAGUUGGUCUAUCCAUCUCGCCCCAAGAUUGGAUUGUAUCUCGUGUUGACCAACCAACUGACGGUCUUGUUCCUUGGGAAGUAAAACUCUCGCAAUGUCGACAAACUCAACAGCCAAGAUCACAGCAAACAGAAGUCAAAGAGUGGUGGAGUACAUCUGUCCUAAGAGAAUUGAGCGAGUUUCAAUGCAAAGUAUGCGCCCAACCUCUCUUUUUGAAAGAUAAAGAAUACAAGUUGAAGGAUUUACCUUCAGAACACUGGUAUGAGUUGGUUGAAUGUUGGAUAUGUCAUGAAACCAAACCAGAAGAACACCAGGCACGUAUGAGACCCAUCCUUGCUCGACCUACUGUUUUAUUGGUCGGAUCGACUUAUUUCUUACUUCAUCCUGACGAUAUAAUUGCCAAUUCAACACAAAUGGACAAGGUGGUUGCUGAUCGUUUAAAUUGGGAACGCGGCACAAUGACAAAAUGGAUUGCUAUCAAUUGCAGUCAUUGUCAACAAGCAGUGGGCGAAGGACAAUAUUGCAUAGAAAAUGAUCAAAUACAACUUUUAGCAGUAAAGCUCUUUAAGUAUAGUAUCUCAAUUCUACCCAAUCUGCAGGAGCAACCUGGUUUUAUAGAUUUCUUUGUGUCUGACUUGAUCAGUACGGCUAAAAUUCACGCAACACACAAGUUUUUAAUCCAAGGUCGGCAAAGUACACGUCAUUUUGCACUGAUUUGGUUAUUCAAUUGGGAUACAAGUAUUAUUUAUAACAACAAGGAGACAUUGAAAAAAGAAAGAGUGAUAAAGAUUACGUAUUUAGACUGUACGAAUGAUAAAGAUGAGCAUGUAGCAAAGAGUAUACAGCUAUGGUCAAACGAUAGAUCCGCAGAUCAAUUAGUUUAUCCUGAUGCUUAUUGUAAUCAACUAUUGGAAUCACUCAAAGAAUCUACACUUAUUUUGCCAUCCUUUAUGAGACAAAUGAACCACCCUGCAAUGCCUUUUGUUCGAAAUUUUUCGGUUGGCUUUAUACCUCGUAGAUCUUGAAUCCUUGAGGUAAGUAAAGGGUUUUAACUUGUAAAAAUAUAUAUAUAUAUCCUUGCUUAAAUUUAUGCAUUCUGCCUCUUUUUUUUUUUUCCUCUCUUUU